AUGUUCCCCAUGGAUAUCGCCAACAGUGGGAACCAGCAGAUGGUGUACCGCAACAACCAACCCCCGCAACAGCGUCAGCAGCACCAGAUGCCGCAGCAUCAUCUGCAGCAGCAACACCAUCAGAUACCGCAGCAACAGAUGUUUCCAUCUCAGUAUGGAUAUCAGCAGCAACAGCCUUACCUCGCGUACCCCAGCACCGCAAGCCCAAGCGCCGGGAAGGGAGCAAUGGACUUUAUACCGUCACAGCAAUACAUGCCUCAGCAGCAGAUGUUCCCGUACGGAUACACGCAGCAGCAUCAAUCUCCGUUGAACCAGCAGUUCUUCCCUUCGGUGAUGGCCCCGCAGACGCAGCCGCCACCGCCGCCCUUGCGCUACAACCAACAGGGCAACAGUAACACCACCAACCAGUACAUGGGUGGCCAUGUCGGUGGCCAUCCGCGUUACCAUGGCGGACGUGGACGCGGCGGCAUGCACAGCGGAUAUGGUGGCCAGUUCCAUCGACAGGUGCACAACAAUUACUUCUACAACCAGCAGCACCACUAUAGCAGCAACAAUGCCGUGCCGGAAAAGACGCCGACCGUGCACCUAAUUCACCCAGAAACGAAAAAGAUCAUCAGCAUCAAGCUGAACCGUAUUUACAGCACCAUGGCGGACAUUCGUCCUCAGUUUCAGCAUCAGCAGUCGCACAGCAACGGCGCUUCUGCGAGCAACGUCGCUAGCGUCGUUGAGGACAGCAAGUCGGAGAAAGCGAGUGCGAACGAGAGGCCGAAGGAGAAGAGUGAUUCUUCGCCGGCGCCAAAGUUUGAUCCCAAGACGACGAAGCUGGUGCUAUGUCUCAGCUUCCUCAGCCCCAAGGGGUGCAUGCACGGCAGCGGGUGCGAUAAGGUGCACAUCGCCGGUCUCGAGUACACCUGGCCACAAGUGGAGGCGAAGGAGGUGAAGAAGGAAGGUAAGAAGGCAUACUCCGCAGGUUUUUUUGUGCACUGCUACGACCCAACCUUGACUCGCUACUACAAAGUACCGUCAGGGUCUGUCUACGUGACGAAAGGCAGCGCCGACUACGUGAACAUGUUCAACGACCACGGCGAUAACUUCAAGAUGAAGUUCAAGCUGUGUGCGCCGACGCUGGAGGGCGCCGAGUGCGAGAAAGGGGAAGAGUGCGAGGACAUCCACUGCUCCGUUGCCGACCUGGAGGCGGUGCGGGAGAACAGCGCAAACGCGACGCACAUCAACAACAUUGAGGCCAUGGCCGAUGUGCCGCGCCUGCCUGCUGACAUGACGGUACGCGUCUUCAAUCAGAACAGCUUCGACACGUGGCGAGACUACCCGGGCGGUAACUUACUCAUAACGGAGGGAGCCAAGGCAUAUCAGAAACAAUACGAGCAGGAGAUGAACAGCGUGCCGACCCGAAAACGUAUGCAGCACUGCGCACACUUUCGUCUCAAGGACAUGUGUCGCCUCGGCGAGUCAUGCAGGUUCCUUCACGUACUACCGACGGAACAAGAGCUCAAGGAGCGCAAGGAUGCCGAGGCGGCCGAGGCGGCUGCAAAGACGAUGGAGGAGGCGACGGGCGAGGGAAACAUGAAGGCAGAUGAGAGAGGUGCAGGGGCGAAGAUCGAGUAG